AUGAUGACCGAUGCAACGUUUGUAGAAGAGUUUUUGAAGGGCCUCAAUUGUGAGCAGCAUUUAGAGAGGUUCGUUGCAUGCAAGCUGACAUCGCCUGAUGAAAUACGGUAUCUAGAUAGGGAGGUACUUUGCGCGCUAGGAGUGCACAAAUUGGGAGAUCGACUCCGGAUCCUUCGCAAAGUGCAGGCGAUGAACGCCGGACAGGCAAAGGAGAAUUACACUGCAAACCUCAAUGAGAUAAUUGAGAAAAUAAGUACCUUAUCUGCUGGUGAACUUACGGUUCACGAAGAACUGGCUACUGAAAAGCAUUCGGUGAUUUUCAUUCUAAAUGAUGGAAGUGCCAAAAAAGUGAACGUGAAUGGUUGUUUCAAUGCAGACUCCAUAAAGAAAAGACUUUUGAGAAGAUUGACCCCAAGGACGGAAUCAGAUGAUGGUUAUGCAGUCCAGGAUUACGAUGUAUUUGUUGUUGACUACGUUAAGAAUGUGUUACACUUGCUGUAUGAUGUUGAAUUAGUAACUAUUUGUCAUUCCAGCGAUAGGGUAGAAAAGAAUCGUCUGAUGUUUGUACCUAAGGACCAAACUCCGAGCGAUAAAGCAAUACUCACUUCUAAAAAACUUUAUCUGAAAACGAUUAAAGUAGCUAGUCAUCAGCAUUCCACGACUAACCAGGGUGCACCCAUGAUGUCUGCAUCAACGGCCGAGCUUGUCUCAGGCGCCUCAGAAACUUAUGGUCAGUUACGUGUAGACAAUAGCAGAGAAAGAAUCCGCAAAAUAUUCAAUCAAAGGCCACCAAGUGAGUUCAUUUCAACAAACUUAGCUGGAUAUUUUCCUCAUGCGGACAUGAAAAGAUUAGAGAAAACUCUUAAAGAAUCGUUCCGUCAGUCGGCACGGUUGUCUGCAAUACAGGGAAGAGUACCUACCGGUGAUUCCAAUAAGGUUGGUGAUAUACUCUUAAAGCAUUCGAAUGCCGUCGAUACAGCUCUGCUGCAGAGUUUGGAUAAGAAAGAGGAACAUGACCAGAAGGAUGAUCAGACCCAUGUUGCAUAUGACCCAGCCGUUGAGAGAAAGCAAUCAGCACGCAAAGAAAAAGAAUUUGAUGACGAAGAAACUGAUCGUAUCGAAUUGUGGAACUCAGGCUCAGAUGAGAAAUUUGAUGAAAAUACAGAGGAUUACACCGUUUCUUUACCAACCACAAUUGACAAACCCAAGACAUGGCUAAAGGGUGCUCGGAUUGGAUCAGGAAGUUUUGGUACGGUCUAUUUGGGAAUGAACGCACGUACCGGAGAGCUGAUGGCUGUUAAACAGGUUGAAUUACAGGCAAGUGUUUUACCAGGAGGUUCUAAAAAGCAAGAAAACUGGGACCUAAAUCAAGAGCAAAAGGUCAAAAAUGCAUCGCGCAUCCACAGAAAGAUGAUUGACGCUUUGCAACAUGAAAUGAACCUGUUAAAAGAACUUCAUCACGAAAAUAUUGUCACAUAUUAUGGAUCUUCCCAAGAAAGUGGCAAUUUGAACAUUUUUCUAGAGUAUGUGCCAGGUGGUUCGGUCUCAUCAAUGCUUAAUAGCUAUGGACCAUUUGAGGAAUCAUUAAUUACCAAUUUCACAAGACAGAUUCUUAUCGGUGUCGUGUACCUACACCGAAAAAAUAUUAUUCACAGGGAUAUAAAAGGUGCAAACAUUCUCAUCGACAUAAAGGGCUGUGUCAAAAUUACUGAUUUUGGUAUAUCAAAAAAACUCUCCCCUUUGAACAAACAACAAAACAAAAGAGCGUCAUUGCAAGGCUCGGUGUAUUGGAUGGCUCCAGAAGUUGUCAAACAAACGGCUACAACGGAAAAGGCAGAUAUAUGGUCAACAGGUUGCGUUGUAAUUGAAAUGUUUACAGGAAAACACCCUUUCCCGGAUUUUUCGCAAAUGCAAGCAAUUUUUAAGAUCGGUACGAGCACAACUCCAGAAAUUCCUUCGUGGGCCACGGAGCAGAGUAGAGAUUUCUUAGAAAAAGCUUUCUUGCUGGAUUACAAAAAAAGGCCCAGUGCUGCAGAGCUACUUCAACAUAAAUGGCUUGAGAAUUUGCUUACCUAG